UCUCACAAUCCUAGCGUGUUCUCGCAGAAACGAGACGUGUCUAGGUGGCUUGGAACCGCGAUUCUCUACAUUCGCUGCAGGGGCGAAAAACUGCAAACCUUAAACCUUCUCUCAACUUGUAUUUCUGUUAAUCAUGAUGUUCAAUCCUACUAACUUCUUCUUCUUCUUGGUUUGAUAACUAGAGCGACUGAAUCGACGAUCAACCAACUUUCACGAUGUUGGAGGACCAGGUAGCGUAUCUGUUGCAGAGGUAUUUGGGGAAUUAUGUGAGGGGCCUCAAUAAAGAAGCUCUUAAAAUUAGUGUCUGGCAAGGGAAUGUUGAGCUGACAAAUAUGCAACUGAAGCCUGAGGCGCUCAAUGCCUUGAAGUUGCCAAUAAAGGUUAAAGCAGGAUUUAUUGGAUCAGUGAGGCUUAAGGUUCCUUGGAGCAGGCUUGGCCAAGAUCCCGUUUUAGUUUACCUGGAUCGCAUUUUUUUAUUAGCUGAACCUGCAACUCAAGUUGAAGGAUGUAGUGAGGAUGCAGUGCAAGAAGCUAAGAAAAACAGAGUACGGGAAAUGGAAAUGAAACUGUUGGAGAGGACUCAACAACUGAAGUCAGAAAUGAAUAAAUCUUGGUCAGGAUCUUUGAUCAACACGAUUAUUGGAAACCUGAAACUUUCAAUUUCUAACAUCCACAUCAGAUAUGAGGAUCAAGAGAGCAAUCCUGGGCACCCUUUUGCAGCUGGUGUGACGUUAGAAAAACUUUCAGCUGUGACUGUUGAUGAUAAUGGAAAGGAGGCUUUUGUUACUGGGGGAUCACUAAACCGUAUUCAGAAGUCUGUCGAACUUGAUCAGCUUGCCUUUUAUCUGGAUUCUGAUGCAAGUCCAUGGUAUGUUGACAGACCAUGGGAGGAUUUGCUUCCCCCGGAGUGGGAUCAGGUUUUUAGAUUUGGUACCAAGGAUGGAAAUCUAGCUAAUUAUCCAACUAAAAAUCAUGUGUAUAUCCUUCAACCUGUAAGUGGCAAUGCAAAGUACAUAAAGUCGAGGCCAGAUGAUUCUAUCAACCACAAUCAAGCUCUACAAAGAGCGGCAGUGAACUUAGAUGAUGUGACGCUCUGUUUGUCCAAGGAUGGAUAUAGGGAUGUUUUAAAGUUAGCUGAUAAUUUUACUGCCUUCAAUCAAAGAUUGAAAUAUGCUCAUUACCGUCCUUGUGGCUUGGUGAAGUCUAAUCCAAGGUCUUGGUGGAAAUAUGCUUAUAAAGUUGUUUCUGAGCAGAUAAAGAAGGCAAGUGGAAAGUUAUCAUGGGAGCAGGUUCUUAGGUAUGCAAGUUUACGCAAGAGAUAUAUCUCUUUAUAUGCUUCAUUGCUUAAAUCUGACCUCAACCGGGUAGUAGUUGAUGACAACCAAGAGAUUGAGGAUCUAGAUCGUGAGCUUGAUAUUGAACUCAUCCUGCAGUGGAGGAUGUUGGCUCACAAGUUUGUGGAGCAAUCCAUAGAGUCAGAUGCUUACUCAAGAACUCAGAAAGAGAAGAAAUCCUGGUGGCCAUUUGGGGGGACUGGUCAAUCUGAGAGAGAUGAAAGUGAACCAUUCCAAAUGAGUGAUGAGGACUGGGACCAAUUGAAUAAAAUCAUAGGGUACAAGGAAGGCUUUGAUGAGGAGUCGGUAAUACAUGAUGAGAAGGCAGAUACUCUUCAUACUUCUUUGGAGGUUCACAUGAAGCAUAAUGCUUCAAAGCUUCUUGAUGGAGCUUUAUCUUGUCUAGCUGAGUUAUCAUGUGAAAGCCUUGUUUGCUCCAUCAAAUUGUAUCCAGAAACAAAAGUUUUUGAUGUGAAAUUGGGUUCUUAUCGGUUAUCAUCACCGACUGGUCUCCUUGCUGAGAGUGCUACUGCAUUUGAUUCUUUAAUUGGUGCAUUCUGUCAUAAACCUUUUGAUGCAAAAGUAGACUGGAGUUUGGUAGCAAAAGCUUCUCCAUGUUAUGUGACGUAUCUGAAGGAUGCCAUUGAUGUAAUUGUUGAAUUUUUUGAGAGCAAUACUGCUGUCAGUCAGACUGUCGCGUUGGAAACAGCAGCUGCUGUGCAGAUGACAAUUGACGGAGUCAAGCGCACUGCACAGCAGCAAGUGAACAAAGCAUUGAAGCAUCAUGCCAGGUUUCUUCUAGACUUGGACAUUGCUGCCCCAAAGAUUACCGUUCCUACUAACUUUUGUCCAGACAACAUCCAUUCAACAAAACUUCUGCUUGACUUGGGGAAUUUGGUGAUACGUUCUCGGGACAAUGAACAAAAUUUAUUGGCAGAGAAAGAUUUGUACUUACAGUUUGAUUUGGUACUGAGUGAUGUUUCUGCAUUUUUGGUGGAUGGUGACUACCAUUGGAGCCAAACGUCUUUAGAUGUAUCUGCUGCUUCUGCUCAUUUAAGUGGGGUUUCCUUCUUGCCUGUUAUUGAUAAGUGCGGUGUGAUCAUAAAGCUUCAACAGAUUCGAUUAGAGAAUCCGUCUUCUCCUUCUACAAGACUUGCUGUGCGGUUGCCAUCUUUAGGAUUUCAUUUCUCUCCAGCUCGAUAUCAUCGAUUGAUGCAAGUAGCUAAAGUUUUUCAGGAUGAGAAUAGUGAGAAAUUGGACCUCAUUCAACCGUGGAAACAAGCUGAUUUUGAAGGGUGGCUGUCUCGUCUAGCUCGAAAGGGUGUGGGAAAUAGGGAAGCUGUGUGGCAGCGGCGAUACCUUUGUUUGGUUGGGCCUUUUCUCUAUGUGUUAGAAAGCCCCGACGCCAAAUCAUAUAAGCAGUGUCUCAGCUUACGAGGGAAACAGAUAUAUCAACUUCCCGCUGAAUUGGUUGGCGAUGGGGAGCAUGUAUUAGCUGUUUCUGAUGCUGCACGAACCACCAACAAGGUUGUGGAAGAUGUGAAUGCACUAAUACUAAGAUGUGAUUCUGAUGAUUCAAGGCGAAUCUGGCAAAGCCGCUUGCAGGGGGCUAUUUAUCAUGCUUCAGGCUCUGCCCCUAUCACUAGCCUCUCUGAGACUUCAUCGGACACUGAGGAAUUUGUGACAGAACCUGCUGACAACUAUGAUGAACUUGAUAAUUUGAAGAUGGAGAAAGUUUUCAUAACUGGUGUUCUUGAUGAACUAAAGGUUUGCCUUGGUUAUCAUCAGCAUGACCAGAGUUUGAUGAAUGUGCUUCUAGCCACUGAGAGUCGCCUGUGUGAAUUAAGAGCAAUAGGUGGCCAGGUUGAAGUUUCAAUUAGAGCAAAUGAAAUGUUCAUCGGCACUAUUUUAAAGUCUUUAGAGCUUGAAGAUCUAGUUUGUGGCAGCCCAGCAUCUCGACCUUGUUACCUAGCAAGGUCAUACAUCCGGAUUGCAGAUGCACAUUUAUCCUCUGAUGAUUCUGGAAAUCAGAUAUUUGACUGUGAUGAUUCUACUCCAAGUGAAGGAGAUGAUAGGUUCUAUGAGGCAUCCGAAAACUUAAGCGAUUCCGUUGAUCAUACCAAUCAAUCACCCAGAAUCACCUACGAGUUUUCAAGUUCCCGAGAUCAGCUUCCACUCGAGAAUAUGUCAUUCAAGACCCCUAGUUUUAGCCGUGUAGCUGGUUUACUCCCAGUUGAUGCUUUUCGAAUUAAAGGAGAGGGCGAACUAACAGAUACAUUUGACAGUUUUGUUAAGGCUCAAAUUUGUAUCUUUGAUCGGAACUCUCCUCUAUAUAAUAACAUUGACAUGCGGGUCACAGUGACCCUGGCUACCUUGUCCUUUUUCUGUCGUAGACCAACAAUUCUUGCCAUCAUGGAAUUUGUCAAUGCAAUUAAUGUUGAUGAUGAAAGCUGUGAAUCUUCUACUGAUAAUUCUUCUGCAGCUGUUGUUAAACAUGAUGUAUCUGGGGUUGAUGAUCAACAGCUGAAACCACUUGAAGAGCCUGUCGGUCUACUGGGAAAAGGGAAAUCCAGAGUUGUUUUUAAUUUGACAUUAAAUAUGGUUCGUGCUCAGAUUUUGUUGAUGAAUGAGAAUGAGACUGUGCUUGCAACUUUGUCUCAAGAUAAUUUGCUCACAGAUAUUAAGGUUUUCCCAUCCUCUUUUAGCAUAAAGGCAGCACUCGGAAAUCUAAGGAUAAGCGACAACAGUCUACCUAGCAGCCACAUAUAUUUUUGGGUGUGUGACAUGAGGAACCCUGGGGGCAGUUCGUUUGUAGAGUUAGUUUUUACUUCAUUCUCUGAUGAUGAUGAAGACUAUGAAGGUUAUGACUAUAACCUAAUUGGACAGCUUUCAGAAGUGCGCAUAGUUUAUUUAAAUCGCUUUGUCCAAGAGGUUGUUAGUUACUUUAUGGGUCUUGUUCCCAAUGAUGCCAAAAGUGCUGUCAAAUUAAGAGAUCAAGUCACAAAUUCAGAGAAAUGGUUUACAACUAGUGAAGUUGAAGGAUCGCCUGCUAUAAAGUUGGAUCUUUCACUUAAGAAGCCUAUAAUAUUAAUGCCUCGGAGAACAGACAGUUCAGAUUAUCUGAAGCUUGAUGUCGUUCAUAUAACUGUGCAAAACACGUUCCGUUGGCUUUGUGGCAGUAGAGGUGACAUGAAUGCUGUCCAUUUGGAAAUUCUAAGGAUUAUGGUGGAGGACAUCAAUCUAAAUGUUGGUACGGGUACAGAGUUGGGCGAAAGCAUAAUCCAAGAUGUGAAGGGGGUUUCUCUAGUCAUUCAGAGGUCACUUCGGGACUUGUUGCAUCAAAUACCAGAUGUAGAAGCUUUAAUCACGAUAGAGGAGUUAAAAGCGGCUCUAUCGAGCAGGGAAUACCGGAUUAUUACUGAAUGUGCCCUCUCUAAUAUAUCUGAGACUCCACAUACCGUGCCACCAUUGAACCAUGGUUAUCUGACUUCUUCAGUUGACACAAUAGAACUUGCUGCCCCUCAAGAUCUUGUUGGCGUUGAAUCUGAAACCUCGGAGAGAGAAGCCUGGACUACAGUGAAAGUUUCUGUUGACGUCAAUUUGGUUGAAUUUUCCUUAUUUACAGGGGUUGAAAGAGAUGCAUCUCUUGCCACUCUACAGGUUACUGGUGCAUGGCUUCUCUACAAAUCUAAUAGCCGUGGGGACGGUUUUCUCUCUGCAACCCUCAAGGGUUUCACUGUAUUUGAUGAUCGUGAGGGAAUUGAACAAGAAUUUAGGCUAGCAAUAGGAAAGCCUGAGAACAUUGGUUAUGGUGUUAUACGUGAUGAUGAAAGCCAACACAAGGCUGAUGCAAGUGUGAGAAAAGAAAAUGAGGGUGAACCUAUUUCUACAAUGCUUAUUCUUGAUGCAAAAUUUGGUCAAUACGAAACUUUUGUUUCUCUAUGUGUUCAAAGGCCGCAGCUGCUUGUUGCACUUGAUUUUCUGCUUGCUGUUGUUGAGUUUUUUGUUCCAACAGUCAGUGGUAUGCUGUCCAAUGAGGAAGAUAAGAAUUCGAAGCAUAUAGUUGAUGGAAUUAUUAUUGAUCAGCCGACUUACUUGCAACCUUCAGCUGAAAUCUCACUUUCUCCAUUGAGACCGUUAAUAGUUGAUGAUGAAAGAUUUGAUCAUUUCGUUUAUGAUGGUAGAGAUGGAAUAUUGCAUCUGAGAAACAGACGGGGACUUGAUCUCACUGCACCGAGCUCUGAGGCCAUAAUAUUUGUAGCAAAUGGAAAAAGAUUGCAGUUCAAAAAUGUUACUAUCAAGAAUGGGAAAUAUUUGGAUUCCUGUAUUUUUCUGGGAACCAAUAGCAGCUAUUCUGUUUCAAAAGAUGAUCGGGUCCACUUGGAUGGUGGGGAUGAAGAAGCUUCUCUGGAGCCAGCAAGAGGAAGUAGUAAUGAUUUUCCAUCCCAAAAUACUGUGGUUGAAAGGUCCAUAGAGUUUAUCAUUGAAUUGCAGGCUAUUGGUCCUGAGCUGACCUUUUACAAUACGUCAAAAGAUGUGGGGGAGUCAUCACUCCUCUCCAACCAACUAUUGCAUGCACAGUUGGAUGCAUUUGGCAGACUUGUUCUGAAAGGAGAUACCAUUGAAAUGACUGCAAAUAUAUUGGAUUUGACGAUGGAGAGCAAUGGAAUCAGAAUUUUGGAGCCUCUUGACACCUCUAUAAAGUAUUCAAAUGCUUCUGGGAAGAUGAAUAUACAUUUCUCUGUUUCAGAUAUAUUCAUGAACUUCUCAUUCAGCAUUUUGAGAUUGUUUUUAGCUGUUGAAGAGGACUUAUUGGCAUUUCUGAGAAUGACAUCAAAACAAAUGACUGUGGUCUGCUCAGAAUUUGACAAAGUUGGAACAAUUACAAAUCCCUUCAGUGACCAGAUAUACGCCUUUUGGAGGGCUCGUGCACCACCCGGUUUUGCAGUCCUGGGUGACUAUGUGACACCAAUGGACAAGCCACCUACAAAAGGAGUUCAUGCUGUCAAUACUAGUUUUGCCAGAGUCAAACGACCCUUAUCUUUCAAACUAAUUUGGCCACCUAACAAUGUUCCUGAUCAAGGUUUAAGCAGUUCUAACUUAUCACGAAAUGGCGACCCUGGCAAAGAAGAGAGCUUUUGUUCUAUUUGGUUCCCUGAAGCACCCAGGGGUUAUGUUGCUUUGGGCUGUGUGGUUUCCCAAGGAAGAAAACAGCCUUCACUUUCCUCUACCUUUUGUAUCUUGGCUUCUUUGAUUUCUCCUUGUCCCCUGAGGGAUUGUAUCACUAUCCAAACUACCAAUCAAUAUCCCUCAGCUUUAGCAUUUUGGCGGGUGGACAAUUCUGUUGGCACUUUCCUGCCAGCAGAUCCCAUGACUUUUAGCCUGAUCGGUAAAGCAUAUGAAUUGCGCCAUAUGAUAUUUGCAUAUGCGGAAGACUCUUCAAAAGCUUCAGUAAGCUCACCUGUCCGAGCCUCUCUUUCUGGCCAAGCAGAAAACUCGGCUGCUGCAAACUCAGGUCGGCAUUUUGAAGCAGUUGCUACUUUUCAGUUGAUAUGGUGGAAUCGAGGUUCUAACUCAAGGAAGAAAGUAUCCAUAUGGCGCCCAGUAGUUCCCCAGGGGAUGGUAUAUUUUGGUGAUUGUGCUGUUAAAGGGUAUGAGCCUCCGAAUACCUGCAUUGCAUUUCAUGAUCUUGGAGAUGAAGAGCUUCUUAAGGCCCCUUUGGACUUCCAGCUUGUUGGGCAGAUUAAGAAACAGCGGGGAACUGAAAGUAUUUCUUUUUGGAUGCCCCUAGCUCCUCCAGGCUUCGUUUCCUUAGGCUGUAUUGCCUGCAAAGGCUCACCGAAGCAAUAUGAUUUCAGCAAAUUAAGAUGCAUGCGCAGUGAUAUGGUUACUGGUGAUCAGUUCUUGGAAGAAAGUGUGUGGGAUACGUCUGAUGCCAAGACUACAACAGAACCAUUUAGUUUAUGGGCAGUUGGUAAUGAGUUGGGGACAUUCAUCGUCCGCUGUGGUUUUAAAAAACCUCCUAGAAGGUUUGCUUUAAAGCUUGCAGAUACUAGUUUAGCAAGUGGUUCAGAUGAUACUGUGGUUGAUGCAGAAAUCAGAACCUUCUCUGCGGCACUUUUUGACGACUAUGGUGGCUUGAUGGUUCCCCUGUUUAAUGUAUCUUUUAGUGGAAUUGGGUUCAGUUUGCAUGGAAAGACUGACUACUUGAAUUCCACUGUGAGCUUCUCUCUUGCUGCUCGAUCGUACAAUGACAAGUAUGAAACAUGGGAGCCACUUGUUGAGCCAGUAGACGGUUUUUUGGGGUAUCAGUACGAUCUUAGUGCACCUGGUGCAACUUCUCAGUUGCGCCUUACUUCAACUAGGGAUUUGAACUUGAAUGUUUCUGUAUCUAAUGCUAACAUGGUAAUUCAAGCUUAUGCGAGUUGGAACAACCUUAAUCGUGUCCAUGAACAAUACAACAAAAGAGAAUCAUUUUCUCCAAGUCAUGCUGGGAGAUCUAUUAUUGAUGUCCAUCACAAGAGAAACUAUUACAUAGUUCCUCAGAACAAAUUGGGUCAGGACAUUUUUAUUCGAACCUCUGAAAUGGAGGGGCUGUCAAACAUAAUUAGGAUGCCAUCUGGAGACAUGAAGCCUGUCAAAGUUCCUGUUUUGAAAAAUAUGGUAGACUCUCACUUGAAAGGAAAAUUUUGCAGAAAAGUUAGAACAAUGGUUACGAUUAUUAUAGUGGAUGCACAGUUCCCCAGAGUUAGAGGGUUGAGUUCUAACCAAUAUACCGUGGCCAUCCGUCUUAAUCCCAACCGAAACAUUCUUGGAGUAUCACUGCUACAUCAACAAAGUGCACGCACCUGUGGAAGCAUCUCACAGGACUCAUCUUCUGAGCUUGAAUUGAUAAAGUGGAAUGAAAAUUUUUCCUUCAAAAUUGAUAAUCCGGAGUCCUACAUGUUGGAAUUAAUUGUCAGUGACAUGGGGAAGGGUGAAGCUGUUGGGUUCUUUUCAGCUCCUUUGAAUGGGAUGGCAAGAAAUGUCCAAAGCAGUCUUGUCCAAUACGAUUACCUGAAUAACUUAACCUGGAUCGAGUUGUCCUCUGAAAAAUCUGUGAAUGCAACACAAGGAGACAAAUUCCAAGGGUCAGCUGGGAGAUUAAGAUGUGCUGCAUUCUUGUCACCUGCUUCUGAAGUAGAUGAUGAAAAUGAUUCCUUCGUUGGUGGCAGAAAAUCUGGAUUUAUUCAGAUCAGUCCAAGCAUGGAGGGACCUUGGACUACAGUGAGGCUAAACUAUGCUGCACCUGCUGCUUGUUGGCGGUUUGGGAAUGAUGUUAUUGCAGGUGAAGUAAGUUUGAAUGAUGGCAACAGAUACGUGAACAUUAGGUCUCUCGUUUCAGUAAAGAACAAUACAGAUUUUAUACUUAAUCUGCGACUUGUAUCCAAAGCUUCGAAUGUAAACAAAUAUCCACUAAAUGAUGCUAGCAUGCCUGAAGGUUCACAUAUUGAUGAGAACAGUAUACAGACAGAUGAGUUCUUUGAAACAGAGAAAUAUUAUCCAUCUGUUGGCUGGGCUGCUGUAUCGGUGCAACCUUGGCAAACUUACUCUGGAGGUAGAGUCUCAUAUGAGGCAAAUGGAGUUGAAUUGCCAACUGGUUGGGAAUGGAUUGAUGAUUGGCACUUAGAUACAUCUUCUGUUAAUAGCGAUGAUGAUUGGGUCUACGCUCCAGAUAUUGAAAGUCUAAAGUGGCCCGACUCAUUUGAUAAUUUAAAAUUUGGGAAUCAUGCCAGGCAAAGGAGAUGGAUUAGGAAUCGAAAACCUAUUUUGGCUAAUGAAAAUCUGGAGAUAAAUGUUGGAAUACUGAAACCUGGAAACUCUCUGCCUCUUCCUUUAUCAGGCUUGACACAAUCUACACCAUAUGUCUUGCAGUUAAGGCCGUCAAAUGUCGGUGGUCCCGAAGAGUAUUCAUGGAGUGAUGUGGUGGAUAAACCUACUCAGUCAGAGGAUCGUGGAAAACCAGGUGGUCAUUCUGAAGUGUGCAUCUCACAUCUCACCGAGUCUGUUGAACUGUUAUGCUGCACCCAGACAAGUGGCACCUCUUCCAGUAGUUCUCAUAAACUCUGGUAUUAUAUCAGCAUUCAACCGACGGAGAUUGCAAAAGAUGUUCACUCUGAUCCUAUUCAUGAUUGGAGUAUUGUGGUCAAAUCUCCAUUAUCUGUCACCAACUAUCUUCCCCUUCCUGCUGAAUUCUCAGUUUUUGAGAUGCAAGCAAGUGGUCAUUUUGUUGCUUGUUCUAGGGGAGUUAUUCACCCUGGAAAAACGUCAAAGGUUUAUGAGGCUGACAUAAGAAACCCUUUAUUCUUAUCUCUAUUUCCACAAAGAGGUUGGCUUCCAAUACAUGAAGCUGUACUUAUAUCACAUCCUCAGAGAACUCCAUCUAAAACAAUAAGCUUAAGAAGUUCAAUUUCUGGAAGGAUCGUCCAAGUUAUUCUUGAACAAAAUUAUGACGAGGAGAAACCUUUCCUGGCAAAGGUCAUUAGAGUCUAUGCCUCUUAUUGGUUGGAGAUUGCCAGAUGUCCUCCACUUACUUUCAGAUUUAUCGGGGAAAAUUAUGCACAGAAGGUUGCUUUUCCUUUUCAGUCUAAAAAGAACAAUGAAGUAAUCCAUGAGGAAAUAACUGAGGAGGAAAUAUAUGAAGGCCGUACCAUUGCUUCGGCUUUGAACUUCAAUUUGCUGAGCCUCUGUGUCUCUAUUACUCAAUCUGGUGGGGAGCGCUUUGGACCUGCCAAGGAUCUUUCUUCCCUUGGUGACAUGGAUGGAUCAUUGGAUCUUUAUGCUUAUGAUGCUGAUGGAAAUGGCAUGAGGCUUUGUAUUUCUACCAAGCCAUGCCCCUAUCAAUCGGUCCCAACAAAGGUCAUUUCUGUUCGACCUUUUAUGACUUUUACAAACAGAAUAGGGCAAGAUAUAUACAUAAAGUUGAAUAGUGAAGAUAUACCAAAGGUUCUUCAUGCUUCUGAUUCAAGAAUAUCCUUUGUGAAUAGAGAAGCAGCUGCAACUGACAAACUUCAGGUUCGACUUGAGCACACAGAAUGGUCUUUUCCUCUUCAAAUAACAAAAGAGGACACUAUCUCCCUGGUUUUGAGGAGACAUGAUGGUACUAGGAUGUUUUUGAGGGCUGAAAUACGGGGCUACCAAGAAGGAUCACGUUUUAUUGUUGUAUUCCGCCUUGGAUCUGCUAAUGGUCCAAUGAGGAUUGAGAACAGAACGAUGAACAAAACAAUCAGCAUUCGUCAGUCUGGAUUCUCUGACAAUACUUGGAUUCAGUUAGAACCCUUGUCAACGACGAGCUUCACUUGGGAAGAUCCAUAUGGCCAAAAGUCUAUUGAUGCUACGAUUGUUAGUGGUUGUCAUACGCAAGUUUUCAAACUCGAUCUAGAAACCACUGGGUUGUGCUUGCUUGAGGAAGGGGAACUAGGUGUACAAUUCCUUGUCACGAAAAUUGGUCCUAUUAAGGUUGCCAGGUUCACUGAUUGCAGAAUGUUGCCGUCAUGCUCACAUGGUCAAGGUAAGUCUUCAGUGUCUACUGGGAACUGGGCAGGUUCUUACAUGCAGAGUGAGAUGCAGACAAAUAGCACACCACUAGAGCUGGUAGUGGAGUUGGGAGUUUUCGGGAUUUCUGUGGUGGAUCAUAGACCAAAAGAGUUGUCUUACUUAUACUUUGAGAGAGUCUUCAUUUCAUAUUCGACUGGAUAUGAUUGUGGGAGAACAAGCAGGUUCAAACUCAUAUUGGGUCGGUUGCAGAUCGACAAUCAGCUUCCUCUUACAAUAAUGCCAGUGCUUUUGGCUCCUGAGCAAAUUCCUGACUUACAGCAUUCUGUGUUCAAGAUGACUAUUACAACACGUAAUGAGAAGAUUGAUAGUGUCCAGGUUUACCCCUAUGUGUAUAUAAGGGUGACUGAUAAGUGUUGGAGGAUUAAUAUCCAUGAACCAAUCAUCUGGACCUUGGUGGAUUUCUAUAACAAUCUUCGUCUAGAUCGCGUACCCCACAGUUCUAGUGUCACACAAGUUGAUCCAGAGAUACAAAUUGACCUAAUAGAUGUGUCAGAAGUAAGGCUGAAGGUGUCGCUAGUAACAGCACCGGCUCAAAGACCCCAUGGAGUUCUAGGGAUGUGGAGCCCCAUAUUAUCUGCAGUUGGAAAUGCUUUCAAAAUUCAGGUGCACCUCAGGAGGGUAAUGCACAGAAACAGAUUUAUGCGAAGAAGUUCCAUUCUUCCUGCGAUUGGAAACCGUAUAUGGAGAGAUCUUAUCCAUAACCCUUUGCACCUGAUUUUUUCAGUAGAUGUACUCGGUAUGACGAGUUCAACUUUGGCCUCUCUUAGUAAAGGGUUUGCUGAGCUUUCAACUGAUGGACAGUUUCUGCAGCUACGGUCUAAGCAGGUAUGGUCAAGGAGAAUCACUGGGGUUGGUGAUGGGAUUAUUCAAGGGACAGAAGCCCUGGCACAAGGUGUAGCUUUUGGGGUAUCUGGAAUGGUUAGAAAGCCUGUGGAAAGUGCCCGGCAGAAUGGUCUCCUAGGACUUGCUCAUGGGCUUGGACACGCCUUUGUAGGAUUUAUUGUGCAACCAGUUAGUGGUGCAUUGGAUUUUUUCUCAUUGACUGUUGACGGAAUUGGAGCAAGUUGUUCCAAGUUCUUAGAGUUUCUGAAUAACAAAACCACCUUUCAAAGAAUCAGAAAUCCCAGGACCAUUCAUGCUGAUGGUGUACUGAGAGAAUAUUGUGAGAGAGAAGCUAUUGGCCAGAUGAUACUACACCUCGCCGAGGCAAGUCGACAUUUUGGUUGUACUGAAAUAUUCAAGGAGCCCUCGAAAUUUGCUUUGUCAGACUAUUAUGAAGAAUAUUUUAUAGUGCCUUACCAAAGGAUUGUCUUGGUGACCAACAAACGCGUCAUGUUAUUGCAGUGUCCAGCUCCAGACAAGAUGGAUAAAAAGCCUUGCAAAAUCAUGUGGGAUGUGCCAUGGCAAGAGCUCUUGGCAAUAGAAUUGGCAAAAGCAGGCUGCCAACAGCCCUCUCACCUGAUCCUCCAUCUCAAGAAUUUCAGGAGAUCAGAAAAUUUUGUGCGAGUUAUAAAGUGCAGUGUCGAAGAAGCUCUGGAAGGACGAGAACCACAAGCCAUUAAGAUAUGUUCAGUAGUGCAUAAGAUGUGGAAAUCAUAUCAAUCUCACAUGAAAUGCUUACCUUUAAAGGUUCCUUCAAGCCAAAGACAUGUCUAUUUUGCUUGGAGUGAGACUGAUGGGAAUGGACCACGUACCCCACGCAAAAAGAUUGUCGAAUCAAGAGAGCUCUUAUUACUCAGCUCAGCCACGGAGAAAAGCAGAUUUGUUAAACACAGUAUUAACUUUGCAAAGAUCUGGAGCAGCGAGCGAGAGUCAAAAAGUCGAUGCACAUUGUGUAAAAAGCAGAUUUCAGGUAAUGAUGGAAUAUGUAGCAUUUGGAGACCCAUUUGUCCAGAGGGGUAUGUCUCCAUCGGAGAUAUAGCUCAUGUUGGCAGCCAUCCUCCAAAUGUUGCUGCAGUUUAUGGUUACAUUGAUGGACUGUUUGCAGUUCCUGUGGGUUAUGACCUGGUGUGGAGGAACUGCUUGGAUGACUACAUAACUCCGGUAUCAAUUUGGCAUCCACGAGCUCCAGAAGGAUUUGUCUCGCCUGGCUGUGUUGCCAUAGCUGGUUUUGAAGAACCAGAAACCAAUUUGGUUUACUGUGUGGCAGAGUCACUUGAAGAGGAGACUGAGUUUGAAGAGCAAAAGGUCUGGUCUGCUCCAGAUUCGUAUCCUUGGGCAUGCCAUAUUUAUCAAGUCCACAGCGACGCUCUUCACUUUGUUGCUUUAAGACAAUUGAAAGAAGAAUCUGACUGGAAACCCAUGAGGGUCCGUGAUGAUCCCCAGGCCCAGCCUUCGUUGUCGUCAGGAUCUCAGUGAUUCUAUGUUUCACAUAGUGGGGUUCUUUCACAAAAUUUCAGUGUACCUAGACUUCUCUCCAGCUACCUGUUUUUGCUGAUUGCAGUACAGAAGGUUGGAUCACCAUGGAGCAGACAUGAAUCCGUCACAGUUUUGUGGCUCUAGAAAUUAUAUUUACAUACUACAUGAUGGAGGAACAGAAUUUCCCUUCGUUUUUGGUCUAGGGGCACUCCAUUGUACCUAUUGUAGGUGUCCCUGCAGUUUUUAAAUCUGUUGUGUUGUAUCCCAUUUCAAAACACAGCUGAAGAGCGGGUUGGGGCAUCGAAAUUUUUCUGCAGUUCUGAUGAUCCAGUGACUGGUUAUAUCUCCUUGCAGAGAACGAAAUGAGCAAUGACAGCUUAUUGGGUGGGAUACUUUUCCGGUGUUUAUGAAUCGAGUCUAGCACCGAGUCUAGUAUCUUUGUUCUUAUAUAAGUUUAAUAGCUGAUGAAUCUUGUGAUUUUUGUUUUGAGGGCGAGGGUGACUGUCGCCAGUUGCUUGCUGAUGGAGCCCUCGAGCAUGCUUGGCUUUAUACUAUUUGUAGCUUAAGAGUGCUCGGUGCACUCGCCUAGGUUAUUUGGUCUCUCUAGCAAAGUGAUUGAUGGUAUUGCUUAAU